UAUUAAAUCAAACAGUGCAUGAUGAACCCACAGAGAUGUAAAUGGAAAUAAGUCAGAUGGAGAACUGCUGGCUGCUUCGUCAUUUACAUCUUAUUGCUAAUAAGGAGCCAUUAAAAAGUGAAUGCAGCUCUUUAACAUUUAAAUAAGCAAUUAAGGUUGGGGAACCUUAACAAACGACCACUAAAAUAAAGCAUCAAAAUGUCACUUAAGCAAUAAGUGCUUCAUCAGCAAUAAUUGACUUCUCAUAAAGAAACUGAGUUGGAACAAAAACCUGCAGCCAUUGUGGCUCUCCGGGACCUGGUCAAAGUGUGAUGCCUUCUCCCUCACCGCUCUCUAAGUUUAAGACAAGGAGUACUUUUAAUCAUGGAGUUCCCCAACCAUAGCCGUCAGCUUCUAGAAAGCCUACGGGAACAGAGGCAGCAAGGAUUCCUGUGUGACUGCACUAUACUCGUUGGCUCCAAUAAAUAUCUUGCCCACCGAGCAGUCCUUGCUUCCUGCAGCACUUUCUUCCACAUGUUCUACACUGAACAGCUAGACAAGCGUGAUGUAGUGCGAAUCAAUAGUGAGAUUGUUACUCCUUCUGCCUUUGGACUCUUGCUUGACUUCAUGUAUGAUGGCAAAUUGCUGCUGACCAAUACCCCAGCAGAAGAUAUAUUAGCUGCUGCCAGCUAUCUACAUAUGAAUGACAUUGUACGUGUUUGCAAACGCAAGCUGCAAGGACGGGGGCUGGCAGAGGCAGACAGCACACGUAAAGAGGAUGACUCUUUUGUUGACAGAGAAGUUAAUGUUGUAAAUGGUGUAGGAGAAGGCACACAUCCUUGCACUCCUAGGCUGACAAAUGGAAAAAUGCCUGCAGUUGAUGGCAGGGCACCUGUUCUGGAGGUAAACCAUUGUUCUGAAGAUGAAAAAGAAGGUAGACGAAUUUUGGGGCCCUGUGAAAUUAAAAACUCUUCAGCCAGAGGACUUGGGUCUCCCGUUGGUACUAGAGAACUCCAGGUUUCAGGACUGUCUUGUUCAGACAUGGCAGAUACAACACAGCCAGGGAUGGAUGCUGUUCUUCCACCUGCUCGAGUACAAGUCUUGAAUGAACACCCAUCCUGCUUCCCCAUCUGUGCAAGUGCUCGGUCUCAGACUUGUGCACAACCUGCAACACCUCAAGCACAAACAGAAUCCACAUUGGCCAGUCCUUGCAGCUCAACUGAAAUUGUGCAACAUCAGCAGUGUAUUCAAAACCAGGCACAAGCUUCUGCCAACCUCUCUCCUUCUUCCCUCAGUGUCUCUCAGAUACCACCAUUUCCGCACAGCAGUCAAAGUGUUCCAAGCACUACUUCCAUACAGCACCAGCAUCAAUGUAAAUCCCAAGAGCCCUCCACCUUCAUUCAGAGAGGAGCUGGAAUCCAGCAGCAGAGAUGUUCAGAUCAUCGACCUCAUCACACUGUCAUGGCUUUAGCAAAUGACAGACUCUCUGAGGAGAGACUGGAAGAGGAGGAAAAAGAGGAAGAUGAUGAAGAUGAAGAAAGUAUUGACAGUCAAGAGAGAGACAUGGUAAAAGUCAAAGUUGAAGCUAUCAUCAUUUCUGAUGAGGAGUUGGAGGACAUGGAAGAGAGCAUGGAGAGCAUAUUUCAAGGCUGUCGAUCAGAAAUUGGACAAAGCAGUGGCAAUGGAGAGAACCUGAGUCUUGGUGGGCUGGAUUCUGGAGUUGGAGGUGAUGGUGGUAGGAGUGGAGUGGGAAAUAGUGAGGACAGUUUAACCCCUCACCCUUCUCAACCGCAUCACUUUCUACCCCACCACCAUGACCCUAUCAGCUUUUCCCAUUCUCAGACACACACUUCCACCAUAACUCAGUCACCUACUUGUGGAAAUUCUGGUACAGCAGCAGCUACUGUUUCUUUUCCUAGCCUCCUCAGCAACUCCCAACAGCAUAUUUUGGCCUCCAGUGAGCAAAUUUACUUCCAUGACAUUCAUGACUCCUUGGGUUCUUACGUGGAAGAUGUUCCCACGUGCCGCACUUGUGGCAAGACCUUUUCAUGCGCCUACACUUUACGGCGACAUGCUAUUGUGCAUACCCGUGAGAGGCCUUAUGAGUGUCGCUACUGUUACCGCAGCUAUACACAGUCUGGAGACCUCUACCGACACAUCCGUAAAGUGCAUAGUGAGGGUCUGCCACCAAAAAGAGGCAAGAUUGAUAAUGAAAAUGGCACGUAAAAAAAAACUGCCCAUAUGGUGGAUGGAAGAUUCCCCACUCUUUAUCAAGGUUUACAGCUAAAUAAACAUUAAAACACAAUUAAUUGAAAACUUAACAGCUGGUUGUAACAAGGCCUUUGGUUGUGGUGACUUUGAGGCAAUACCCAGAUAUAGUGCUCCUCGAAUGGUGUACCAUAGCUCAGUAUUGUCCAAAUGCACCCCUGAUUGUUAACCCAAUUAAGCUGAUAGGAACAGUUAUAGAUGUGCAUAUGUGGCCUGUGGGAUAAAAAUAAAGUUGUGAAGAUGCUCUUCCCCAUUGUGGAACACUUGAGAUGCCAGUUUAGAUAUAAAAGGAACCAGCCAGCUAAUAUUCAUACUUUAUUUUGACCUUUUAUAAAGGCAGUGAUAUUUUAGAGACAUACCAUGUGAAGAACUUAGUUCGUUUAACUGUAACACAGAUUUAGACAUUUUUGUGGACUAUACCAGCUUGAUAGCACCAGCUGCCACAGGUUGACACAAUCAUGAAUUCCUUUCAGUCAGCCAACAAGCACUUGGGUCAUUUUGGUGUGCUGGACAGGGAACAAUUUGGUUAAGGCAAGGAUUUACAAAGCCUUGACAAUAGAAGGUAUGCCAACAACCCCCCACAAAUAAGUGAUCAGUGACAACACUUGAACUUGCACCUCUUUUACACAACACACCUCUUCCUAAAACUACAGGGUGUCUAUAGGACAUUAAGUGCUUCACCCUGAGGUGAAUGCUGAGUAUGAGUGGGUUACAAUCACCAUUAAUAAUGUCACAUGCUAGUCAAGCACUGUAGCAAAGAAUGAUUUUAUAUCAUUUGACACUGCUAGACAUCAGAAAAAAAAAUACUUAGAUGACAGUGCUUUAAAGAGUGCUGUGUACGCUGCACUUCAAGUUAGGGAUUUUAAUGGUUAGCCAUUGUUUGGUUUAAACUUUAAAUGUUCAUUAAUCAAACAUUCUAAUUAAUUACAUGGUUACAUUUGUAUUGGGAAAUGUAUCUGCCUUGCUUCAUUCCCGUGUCCAAUGUAGUCUUGCUUUGAGACAUGGUGUUCAGUGUUGAACUCUAGUCCUGGAGGGCCAAAGUGGCUGCAGGUUUCCUUUCUAACCAUCUUCUUAAUUAGUGACCAGUUUUUGAUGUUAAUUAACUUCUUUAGCCUCAGUUUUAUUUAGCAUGACUCAGGCCCCUUAGUUGUUUUUUCCUUAAUUAACAGCCAGACAGUAAUGAGACAUAAAACAAGCAGGACAUGACCAGCUCACCUGUUCCCAUCAAAUAAAAUCUGAAAAUAAAGAUGAAGGUCUCAGUAAGGUUGAUCUCUCAGGUUACCAAAACAUUUUGACGGAGUUCUUAGAAAAAAAAACAGAAUAUCAACAGUUUUGGAAAUGUCUGCUGUGGCAGAAUGAGAGCAGCAUCAAGCCAUGUAAUUGAAUAAGGGGUGUAAUUAACAGCAAGAAUCAGCUUCUUGUUAAGGAACUGGUUGGAGUUUGAAGCCCCAAUUUAGCUGUUCAUCUGUUGGCUCGUUUCAUGUCUCAUUUUUGUUUGGCUGUCAUUUAAUGAAGAAAAGAAUCAAUUCAGAAGACUUAAUCCUUAAAAACAGGACUAUUAAAAUAGAGGGAAAAUAAGUUAAUUAGCAGUGAAAACUGGACACUGAUUAGGAAAAGGGUUAGAAAGAAAACCUGCAGCCACUGCGGCCCUCCAGGUCUGGAGUUUGAUACCCGUGAGUUAGAUAAGGGCAAUAUUUAAGCAUCUUGUCAGAUUGGUUUACAUCUAGAAAGAGAAAGUUUACUGCAGCCUCUGCAAUACUGUGCUGAAAUACAGAAAGCAGCAUUUCUACCAUGUAUCACCACAUACAAACCUACCACAGCAUUUCUCAAUCUGUAUGCCAUGUAUAGAUCGGCCACAAUCAACCCUGGAUUAAAAUAAGCCUCGCCAUCAAAACCCUGUGGUCCAAUGAUCAUGCUCAAUUCACAGCAGCAGGAUCGCAGAUCACAACCAAUCCUGGAAAACUUCCCCAUCCCAUGCUCUGACAAUCUUGCUCAAUUCAUCAAAGAGGUUGACGAUUUAGCUUGAUUCAUCUAACGCUCUGAUGAUUGAGCGGGACCGACUCCCGCUUUGAUGGUUGCGCUCAAUUCACUGAGGGGGACCAUCCCUCUUCCCCUGCUUAGAUGAUCACACUAAAUUCAUGGAGGUGGACACCCACACCCUGCCAUGUGUCACAAACACACUGGCAUUUGAAAAACUGGGUUGCAACACCACAACGGUUGGGAAAAGCAGUGUUCUACCAUCAGCAACACUUCUUAGGAAAAUUGAUAACUGUUAGUCAUAAGAAAUCACACUGAGGGCACUUAAACUGAUAGAACAAGACAUCAUUUUAAGCAGUGAGGGUUAAUUGCUAAAGCUUUCAGCCGGUAAUCAGGUAUCUUGAGCCAGGGUACCUGAUUUAGCAGCCCUUUUUAAAAAAAAAAAAAAAAAUUCACUGACAGAUACAAUGGCCAAUAAACUUACACUCAUAAUUGACUUUUGAGGACAGUCCAAAUGAUAUGCAACUAUAGAAAUGAAGAGUGAUACAUGAAAUCUGGGGUUUUGUAUGCAAAUGUUUCAGUCAAAUGUACAGUUAAUAAGUCUGCUGUAAACCAAACUGCUGACAUGUAAAUGUUGGGACUCCGAGACAAAGAGGUUUUAUGUUUUCAUGAUAAAACGCAAACCUUUGGUAUUGCACUACACAAAACGUCCUGUAGCCCUCAUUUACAUAAUCUUAGACGAUUAUGGACAGUCGCGGCACACGCUAAUGGCUAUCAUUGGUGUAGUGUGACAUCUCCAGUCACUAGUCAUAGCAGUUUGGCACUUUUAAGUCAUAGGGGUGUGUCUAUGUAAGAGAGAGUUGACAACCAAUGAGCGCUCCUUGCUACUGCAAGGAAUGAAGGAGAGCAGUUGUUUUAGACUGUGAAAACAAGUGAGGCUUGUUUCUCCACUGUUAUGUUUGUUGUGCUACAGCAGAAUGACAAAUGCAAGCUGAACUUGCCUUACCCGUAAAACCUUCGUACAUAUAUGGUUUCUCUUGGGCAACAUGUUAAUCUGGUGUCAAAAUAAAGCAAGCUUGUGAUACUUUAAAAAUGUAAAACUUUGCUGAGAAGUCAUGAGGCAGGUGCAUAAUCUGUCAUCCGUUACAGAGUUUUAGUCAUGUAAUCUGACAUUCUUAAGGCGAAGACAUGCAACAGCUGCAGUCGCCAAGUUCAAAAUACUUUCUGAAUUAAUUCUCCUCUAUUGUGCUGUCUACCUAAACCCUUAGUAGUAUGUUUUGCUUGUACAUUCCAAGUCACAGUCAAUGAUUGAUUAACAUAUAUCUUAACUGUGGUGAGAGACAUCUCAGCAUAACUUUAACAUUAAUGGUACGAAGUGUGGUUUUGGUUUAUGAAAUGUGAUCAAAAUUUACAGAUAUGUGCUACUUUUAUGGGUCAAUUUGAAUAAGUGUAUAGGAUGAUUUUUUUUAAUGUAGACAUACCAAGAUUUGAUCUUUAUUUCAACACUUUUUUUAGGUAAAUGUGAUGUAAUUGAAAAAAUGAAAAUUUGACUUUGCAGUUAUUUAUUCAACAAAAAUGAACAAAUACUGUAUGGGUUUAGGGUCAUUGUUAUGUUGCAAGGUCCACUUUCUGUUGAGCAUACUUCCCAUGUAGAUCUAAUUUGUGCAGCCUAUUCCUAAUAAUGGACUAGUGCACUUUGAUAUCAACAGUGGCAUGAGCAACCUGUAAUCCCCCAUGCUGAAAUUCUGGGGUUCUUGGAGACUUCUUUCGGUGUCUUGCAUUCUGAUCUAGGGCUGAAUUUGCUGGGGUGGCCUGGUCUGGAUAAGCUGUCAGUUGUUUGCAAUGUUCUACAGUUUUACAUGAUCUUCCUGGCAGUGGAAUAGUUAAUUUACAUUUGUUGGAGAUCUGUUUAAAUCCCUUCCCAGAUUCAUAAGCAACUAUUGCCUUCUUUCUGAAGGCUUCAGAGAGCUCUUUUGAUAUAGGCAUGGUGAUAACACACUUCAGCAGCAAAAAGCCAACCAAACCAAAUAUCUAAGGUUUAAAUAAGAUAGGGCCAGACAAGAUCCUCUCUAAUGGUGUUCUAAUUUUAGGUAUUUGAGGUAGUGAUAAAUAUGCAUAUGAAAAUUGCUUUUAUGUUUAUUCAAAUUAUGCAGUGGAUUCCAAAAUGUAUGAUGUUUGUUAUAUUGUGUCACCUUUUUAUAAAUAUUAUUUAAGAUCAAACCUUGAUAUGUCCACAUAUUUAAAAAAAAGAAAAAACAUUUCAUGGAAUGCACAUAGUUUUUCACAUAACUAUGUGAGCGAAAUUCAGUCGCUGUACAAGAAAUUCCCUGACUUCUCGUUGUAUGACAGAUUAAAUCUAUUCAGCCAAGCUGUUGGCAAGUAUAAGUAUAAGCACAGAAGAAAAAACAGUGGUAGCAUGAAACACAAUUGUCCACUGAUAUAUAAGGCACGGAGGCUGCUAAAUGUAAUGUCUUCAAUGAGUAUUUAGAUCUUUUGUAAGUUUUCAAAAGUAUCUGAAUUACUAAUAAUACUUACAGAUCACAUUUAAUCUUCAUUUUUAUUGAAAUCUCACAUAGCCCUGUAUCCAGUUUAGGUUUAAAGAAGCCAGAGCCUAUUCCUGAGGCAGGAACCAAUCAGAAUCUAGAGAAAUAACAAAAAGAUCCAGUAAUAAACUGGUUGGUGUUUCCUAUUAAAUAAAAUGGAGUUAUGAAUUUUAAAAGAUUUUUGCUAAUCACUGCACCAAAUUGUGCUGACAUGUUGUAUGUUGGUCAGAAAUUCAAGUAAGAAUUUCAUAAUAAUCUGUGAACAGGAUGAUGCAGGUUCUAUUUCUUGUUUAUUGAGCCAACAGUGCCCUGAUGGGGACCUGGACACAUUAAUAUGAGCUGUUUUCUAAUCUACUGUAUAUAUUUUUCAGACAUUAUAUCUGGCUAAUGAUCUUUAGUCUUUACCUUCACACCCUGCUGUCACUUUCACCAUUUGCUCAGUGACUCUUAAACAAACUAGAGUUUUUAUCCUGAAGUGACUUUAGUGUUGCACAGAAAGAACACAAUGGGAUGACAGCUCUAAACUCAGGAAGAUGCAAGCAAAUAGAAAGAACAAGUUUGAAUUCUUAAACAAGUGGCAGAUUUAAGAGCUAGAGCAAGAUAUGUCAAAAGCCUUAUUCAGAUGGGAUUAGUUUUACACCACAUUGUGGAGUAAAGUAACUAUUGCUGGAGAACCUCAGUAAUUUUAGUCCUGUCCAUAUCACUCACAUCAGCAACUUUUUAAAGACCGUGCAUUCAUGUUUCAGUAAAGAUUAUGGAACCUUUUAUCUUCUAUAAAAAGAAUGUAAAAUAUAACCCUAGGUUAACCUAGUCACAUGUGAAUCAACAUUUCAGUAAACUUCCAUUAUUUGUAUGAUUCAGAUCACGGAAGUCCACAAGUAAUAAUUACUUUACCCAGCGCCGGAAGUGAAAACAAAAAACUGCCAGAUUCCUUGUUGUGCAUGCUGAAUAAUGGGUGGGCUAGUGGUGUCCUCACAAAAGUCUGAGCUCACAAUUUAAUGUAGAAAAUCAGGGAGUGUCCCCCUUGGAGGUGUGAAUGGAUAUAGUGUUGUUAUACAUAAGGGUUGUUAAUGUGAUCUGGGCUGACAGUACGCAUACCUUAACUACUGGUGCUCAUAGGAAAGGAAAAUGCUGGUAUGGAGUAAGGUGUGAAUCAGCCCACCUUAACCCUUUAAACUCAGCCCUAUUAUUUUGGUCCUACCUGAGGAACCGAACAAUAAUGCAAAUUAUCUUUAAAACUGUAUCCGCAGUGUUAUAGUGAAAGUGCAGUGUUUUGCCAUUCAAAUGCCGUAAUGCAGACCUGUUUACCUUGUUGCAAUGUUUUUCUUUUUUUGCUCAAAGAUGGCUGAAUUGCUGUGUCACAGCAACACCUGCCCCCAGCCCUCCCCAUGGCUUUCUCAGUUGUCCUGAUUGAAUUGCAUACAAUUUGAUGAACAAACUAUUGUCUGUUAAAUGAGAGUGCUGUGUUAUCUUUCAAAUGAUAACAAAUUCACUUUCUAUGUUUUCCACUUUCUAUAUUUUUUUGUAAAGAUGUUUUUGAAUCUUGCAACUAUUAAUGUUGUGAUUUGGAUGCAUAUAUAAUUUCUUUACUAACUGUUUGUACAUUCUGACAGAGUAAGAUCUGCCCUUCAAAAUGAUACAUAUGCCAUAGGUCUUCAAUAAUGGAUAUGUAUGCUAUGGAUACUUACUUGAAAACAGUAAAAGCGGAGAUUUAAUAAUAAUAAUAAUCCUGUUCUUUACACUGCUUCAAAACAGUAAAAAAUUAGAGAUACAAUUGUUAUGAAAUAUCUACAAGUUGUAUCUCUAACGGUUCCUGAUACUUUCUUUGGCUUCUUUGUAGUGUUUUGGAAGCUUAGUCCAGCAGCAGUGCAAAUGGGAAUAACAUUCAAAUUGCAUUUUCUGAUAAAAACAUUAUUGAAUUUUGGCAACUUAUUCUGUUGCAACAUUAGAACAAUAAAACAAUGUUGAGGAGAACAGGCCAUUCAGCCCAAGAAAGCACGCCAGUCCUAUCCACUUAGUUCUUCUAAAAUAAGUCAAUUUUUGAAACUCCCUAAAGUCCUACUGUCUACCACACUACUUGGUAGCUUAUUCCAAGUGUCUAUGGGUCUCUGUGUAAAGAAAAACUUCCUCGUGUUUGUGCGAAAUUUACUCAUAGCAAGUUUCCAACUGUGCCCCAGUGUUCUUGAUGAACUCAUUUUAAAAUAAGUCUCGAUCCACUGUACUAAUUCCAUUUUUAAAUUUAAACACAAUUAUGUCACCUCUAAAUCUUCUUUUGCUUUUAAUCUUUCCUCAUAAUUCAUCUCCUGUAGCCCUGGAAUCAGCCUUGUCGCUCUUCUCUGGACCUUUUCUAGUGCCGCUGUGUCCUUUUUGUAGCCUGGAGACCAAAACUACACACAGUACUCAAGAUGAGGCCUCACCAGUGCAUUAUAAAGCUUGAGCAUAAAUCCCUUGGACUUGUACUCCACACAUCGUGCUGUAUAACCUAACAUUCUGUUAGCCUUCUUACUGGCUUCUGAACACCGCUGGGAAGUCAAUAGCUUAGAGUCCACUACGUCUCCUAAAUCCUUCUCAAAAGGUGUACUCUUGAUUUUCCGACCACCCAUUGUGUAUUCAAACCUAACAUUUUUACUUCCUAUUUGUAAUACUUUACAUUUACCAACAUUAAACUUCAUCAGCCAUAAAUCUGCCCAAAGCCUGUAUGCUGAUCAAGUCUCUCUGUAUAAUGAUUUAACGGAUUCCAGAUUGUCUGCUAAUCCACCUGUAUUGGUAUCAUCUGCAAACUUAACCAGCUUUUUACUUAUAUUCCUAUCUAAUAUAUAUAUAUAUAUUAAAAAUAGCAGCGGCCCUAGCACUGACCCUUGUGGAACACCAUCCGCCAAUUCUGAUGAGGUUCUUCACACCAUCACCCUCUGCUUCCUGUGUCUGACCCAAUUCUGCACCCAUCUAAAAACAUCACCCUGAACUCCCACUUCUUUUAGUUUGAUGCCCAACCUCUCAUAUGGCACCUUAUCAAAUGCUACAAUGUAACCAAUUCUCCAGGUAUAAAAAUUCUGAAAGGAAAAAGUCAAACCUUUAGUUUGAGGGUAGAACAUGAAUAUUGAGUGAAGGAUGAUGAAGUUGUAGCCAGUUAAAUCAAAGUAGCAGACAUGGACAUAAAUGAGGUGGAUUUUAAAAGGUUAAGCAAUGACUUUAUGCCACCUCCUGGUGUAAAAGUAAUCCCAUCCACUGAAGACUACUGAAAGACAAGGUAUUGCCAUCUUUUAUGUACUUAUCUUGGAGCAAAUGACUGUUUAGGGCACAAGAAGGGUGUGCUACUUGUCUCUGUUCUUCAUCCACACAUUUGCUAUUUUUGUGUCUGAUCUUGAAAUUGUAAGCAAGUUAAUGCCCCUCAAAGCAUAUGAAGUGAUGUUGCACUUUUCUGUUGCAAUCUACAAAGUACAAAUCCAUUUUAUCUUGUCCUGAUCAGCCUCACAAGAUCCAAUGACAAUACACUGUCUUAGCCAUGAUAAAGUGUAUAACUCCUGUUUAUUUAAUACAAAACAUAACUUUUUGGAUCUCAUUGGCAGGUACAGGAGGGUUGUCCAGUGUCAAAAGAAAGCAAGUUUAAGUGCUGUCAAUGAAAAUGAAAAGGCCUUGCCAUGAGUGCAGUUGCACUGAAGCUUAAAGGCAGGGAAGAUCCUGCUGUUUCUUGGUGCCCAGCCCCAGCAGUGUCUCGCCUCAUUGUAGGCAUUUUGAAUGUCCUGAAUGCAGAACUCUAAGUCUUUUACUAAGAACGAGUGCUGUCUGCUUGUGAAGCACAGCUCCUUAGCUGACACCAAACCGUACGCCCUGCUUUGCCUAGUCUGAGCACACCGGUACUGUAAAUGGAAGAACUGUUUAUUUAAUUUGUUUGUGAUGUUGCUCUAAUAAUGAAAGGUUGUUCAUUACUUCCACUAUACAGUGAUUUUUUGUAACACAGCUUUUUUCUCACGUUUGUUGACAAAAACAACUCCUCACUUGUACAGUUCUGUAGACAUUAUUUAUAGUGUUUUCUAUGUUUGUUUUCAUUAAAACUUGGGAGAAAUGA